UCAAAACACAGCAAUUCCUCGCAAGACCAACAAAAAAGAAAAGAGCUGUUUUAUCUCUGAGAACUUUCUUUGUUGAUAUAAAAAUCAACUCAAGCUCCUGCAACUUCAUUGCUGAAUUCAGAAAAGAAGAAGGAAUCGCUCCUCCAGUUUAUAAUCGAAGAUCCCCUUCUUAUUUGCAACCAUCCGACAGCAAUUUUUCCUCUUGUUUAUACGUACUCAACAAGAGAUGUCUAGAACUGAUCAAAAUCUUUCUGACCUAUUGGAUACAUCGGAGAAGCCAUCGAUCUUCAAAGUCCAUGGUCAACUACGAAGUGAAAAUGAAGAGGCAUACGAGCCACGAGUGGUUUCCAUCGGACCUUAUCACCGCGGUAAGCCUAAACUGAAAGAGAUGGAGAAGCAUAAGCGAAGGUACUUCAAUGAGCUUCUUCGUCGUACAGGUGAGAGUGCUGAGGAAUACAUCAUAGCUUUGGCUGAUCUUCAAGAUCAAGCUCGAAGGUGUUACGCAGAAGAAAUCAAUCUUAGUGAAGAUGAUUUUGUUUACAUGAUAUGCCUUGAUGGCUGCUUUGUCAUCGAGUUCUUGAGGAAAAGGACAAGUCGAGGAUCACACUGGCAGAAUGACCCCAUUUUUCAGAUGCUUUGGCUAUCCCCAGCCACUAAUAAUGACCUUAUGUUAUUUGAGAAUCAGUUGCCCUUUUUUGUCCUGCAGAAACUGUUCGAUAUGACCAAGUCAUCACGAAGCGAAGAAGAGAACCUUAUUGACCUAGCUAUUGCUCUCCAUGUGUUUUGGAACAUGCCUAAUCCAGGUCUAAAUUCUCAUUCUCCAAUCUUUGAACAAUAUAAGCCGGUUCAUCUGCUUGGCCUCAUGCACAAAAUUCUGUCUGCCUCAUUUUCUGAAACACUUUCCUCAACCACGAAUUCCAAUCGUACGGGCUCAAAUCUGUUCAUAAAAUCAGCUGGUGAGCUCGGACAAAGUGGAAUCAAGUUCAAGAAGGCAGAGGAUAGUGAAUCCUUGUUCCAUAUCACUUUCGAAAAUGGUGUACUUAAAAUCCCUCCUUUAGUUGUGUAUGAUCAUACAGAAUCCGUCUUCAGAAACUUGAUUGCAUAUGAAGAGUAUACGUCUAUUCCAUCUAAGACAUGGAGGUGUAUAACUGAUUACAUAAUCUUCAUAGAUUGUCUCAUAGAUUCCGCAUCCGAUGUUGAAACGCUUCGCAGACAUGAUAUCAUCGAGAAUUGGUUAGGUAGUGAUGAAGCAGCCUCUACAAUGUUUAACAAGCUAUGCAACCAUGUUCAUGUUGGCGGGAGAAUCUGUUACACCAAAAUUUUUGAUGAUGUGGACAAGCACACUCGCAAGCGCUGGCAUAUUUGGAGGGCGAACCUAGUGAGGAAAUAUUUUAAUACCCCGUGGGCUUUCAUUUCGUUUCUGGCUGCAUGUGCCUUGCUUUUCCUAACAAGUGUGCAGGCCAUAUUUUCCAUCCUACAGUAUACGAAACGGAAGUAAGCUAGUUGUGUGAUUUGUUAGUCAUUGUACUUAAAUACGAAUAAAGUCAUUGUACCUGUAACAAAUUCUUGAUCUGUCUGAUGUAAAAGGACUCUCAUGUGUCUUGUAUAUUUUCUUAAUACAUCUGUCUACAUAAUUUUCUAUA